AUGCAAAGUUCAUUCAUUUCACACCCCAAUCAUCAUGUCACUUACGCUCGAGAACGGCGCAGCGGCAGCGUCGUCGGAGGCUUCAAACGUUCCUUCCUGGGUCUAAUACGACGUCAAAUGGUGAAGCCAACGGACCUGCCGAAGGAUGUGCACCUCGAUGACCAGGUUGCCGUCGUCACAGGAGCCAACGGGGGACUAGGAUUUGAAGCGUCACGCCACCUCCUCCGCCUGGGACUUUCGCACCUCAUCAUGGGCGUGCGGUCCAAAGCGAGGGGCGACGAGGCCGCCGCGAGGCUCCGCAAGGAAUUCCCGUCGUCCAAGGUGUCGGUUUGGAUAGUCGAUAUGGAGUCGUACGACUCGUGCCGCAGCUUUGCGGACCAGUGCGCUGGACUGCAGCGCCUCGACAUGGUGAUACUCAACUCUGGCUCCAUGAUUACACCGUUCUCGACUGUGUCGGAGACGGGACAUGAGGCCACUAUGCAGGUUAACUACUACUCCACUGCUCUUCUUUCGAUCCUGCUCCUUCCGGUUGUCAAAGCGAAGAAGAUCAACGCCGGUGGAAAGACCCGGAAACCCCCUGUUCUCGCCAUCGUGACGUCUGAUAUCAUGUGGUCAACCAAGCUCGAGCCCGUGGGGCCGAUCUUGAAGCAAUUCGACGACCCUAAGGAGUUCGCCCAGCCCCGAUGGUACGGAGUUGCAAAAGCGCUGCUGGUACCGUUUGUCUGGAAGCUGUCCGAGGAGGUCAGCCCCGACGAUGUGAUCGUCCAGCUCGUCAAUCCGGGAACGACGGGUGGCACCAGCUUCUUCAGCAGAGAGUCGUUCUUUGUGCGCAAGGCUAUCGGUUUAAUCCAGUUCCUGCUGGCGCGGAAGCCAGAUGUUGCAGCGACAAUAUAUGUCGAUGCCGUUACGGCUCGGGGAAAGGAAAGCCACGGGGCGGUUUUGAGCGAGUGGAUGGUCAAGCCAGAUCGUUUGUGGGAAGAAACGAUGGAGGAGCUGAACUCGUAUGGAGCAUCCAAAAUCAUCUCGGGCCUUAAAGCCAGUCAUUGA